AUGCCUUACGAUACCCGACGAAAGUCGCUUUCGUUGCCUGCACUUGGGAUUCAGCUCCCUAACGCCUCUCGCGCUCACCGCCAUUCUACCACCAAGGCUUCCCCAACUCAAGAACGAUCCUCGCCACCACAACAGCCGCCCCAGAAAAGAAGAAAACAGUCACAUACGUCGGACUCAAGCUCGCCGCUAGCGACUCCUGCGCUGAAGGCAUCUACAACAUCCUCGUCAACGACCAAGAAUGUUUCUUUUGCUGAGAGGCCCAAAAUUGGAAGGCGCUAUGAAGAUACACCGCCCACGUCACCCGAACCCUCAUCGCGUACCACGUACGACACGAACGGCAUAAACGACGAAAUCGUCGUUGGAGUCAUCCAACAGCUAGAAAAGACCGGCAACCGGCCUCACAUGAUAAAGGAGCUUGCCACGGUGCUCUCGAGCGUCAACGACGCCGUCGCUAGCUCUGCAAAUCCAGGCGCUCUUCUCUCCUCCCGUCUUGCAGCAUACAUCAAGCGACCUGGAUGGAGCAUAUUAUCUCCAUGUCCAAUUGAAAAAGAACUCACCGCUGUUCAUCCUCGAAAGAUCUACUAUUUUCUCACCACCACACCCCACCAAGACCUCCCUACUGACUCAUCUGACCUCUUCGCCGCCUCGAAUGCGAUCGGGAAAGGAAGCAAAAGAAUCAUCUCGCCUAGCGUCAGCAGUGCGAGCGUUGAUGAGGACAUGGAAGCCGCCGAAGAAAGAAAGAGAGAGGCGUUGAGUCCAAGCCCCGAAGUUGACUUGUCGUCGCAUAAUCUCGAUGGGACCGACAACUCGCCGGAGAUGGACUUUGUUACCCCAGUCACCCCUGGUUCUUUUGUACACAGAUCAAGCCUGCCAAGAGUGGACUCGAAUAACUCGAGCUUCGAUCACAGCCUGUCCCCUCAUCACCGCGCCGCAAGCCCUCCCCUUGAAGGCGACGAAAAAGAAUUCACACAGACGGCGAGUAAUGUGAGGAUGCGUGGUAUGAGUCUGGACGACGCUCUCGCUAGGCCAACGAUCGAGCUCACAUCGUCACUCCAGUCCGUAGAAAAUGAAGAAGACAAAGCACGGCUUAACAGGGAAGCUGCUGAGGCUUUGUUCGGAACUCAUCACCCACAAUCACUUGGUCUACCCCUUGGAAGUAGCCCCAAGAGCAGUCCAUUGGUCAAGCCACUCCAGUCUUUUGCUGAGAAACAGACGACUGGCGCGGAAAACGAAGACACUGUGAUGCAGGAGUCAGGGUCCAUACUAGGUGACAGCGGGGCCGCAUUGACGUGGGAUACGAGAGAGCUAGAAGAAAUACAGAUCGAGGAUCUCGAUGAUCUGUUUGGGGCAUGUUGA